GAGUGAGAGAGCGAGCGCUACAUCUCACUACAACAGCAGGCUGGAAGCUAAGCACUUCCUUCCACAGAGAGAUUCACAAGUCACAAAGGAUUUACCCAGCGAUCCGAUCAGCCUGUGGAGUGCUUCUCGCACUUUGCGGAUAUAAUUCAAUACUUCAAGACCACUACAGGUACCUCUCUAUCCGACAUUUAUUCCAGUUUAUGCGUGUACAAAGCACCAUGGUCACACACAGCAAGUUCAACAUUGCAAUGAGCACCUUCACCCCUUACUGCUACAGGACAUUCAGCUGCAAGACGCAGUACCAGAUUGUCCACCAGACAUGGAUACGACUACAGCAGAGUGGCUUCUACUGGGCCUCGAUCAACGGAAAGGAGGCAGGCGCUCUGCUGGCAAAGGAGCCGAGCGGCACCUUCCUGAUCCGUGACAGCGCCGACCGGCGGCACUUCUUCACGCUGAGUGUCAAGACCUCAUCAGGCACCAAGAAUGUCCGUGUGCAGUGUGACAACCGCUCUUUCUACCUGCAGACAGAUCCUGAGGGUGAGCGGACAGCCCCACGGUUUGACUGUGUGCUCAAGCUUGUGUACCACUAUAUGAAUACGCCUAAACAACCCAAGGACCAAUCACGAAGUGCAUGCUACAUCUACACAGGAGGGGAGAAGGUUCCUCUGGAACUGUGCAAACCCUUCACCUGCAACAUGUCCUCACUGCAGCACCUGUGCAGAAAGACAGUCAAUGGCCAUCUGGGUGUUUUGCCCACGAGGGACCAGCUGCCUCAGCCACUAAAGGACUUUCUGCAGGAGUAUGACGCCCCCAUUUAAAUGACAAAUACAAGUGAUGUGAUGUAGUCGCACUGAUAUCAAGGAGUAGAGCAGCUAAGAGAAUGGAAAUGAUGGAAUGGAAUAACUAGUGUGGUGUGGGCUCAUGGCCAUCAGGCACAAGAUGGGAAAAGAUCAAGAAGAUCUACAGUGAAUGAAAAAGUGAUGAAAGUAAACAAAGCUAGGCAUAGAUAGACUAGGGCAACAGGAGACUGAGUUCAGAAAGUUGAAACUCUGCAAACUCAUCUAACUUCAGGGAGCAGAGAUUUGGAGUAUAACUAAUUGGUCUGAGUUUUGGAUUAGUCAACACAAACCAAGAAUGCUGCUAUUUGUCAAGUUGGGAGAGAUGAAUCCCCUGAACUCCCUCGGACACUCCUAUUUGCACAAGAAAUUAACAUCAAGACAAUGGUCCACUGUUUAGUUCUUUUAGCAACUGCAACAAGUCAGGAAGAGUUAGCAAGUGUAAAAGACUGUCUUUGUGAAUGGAACAGUUGCAGUAUUUCUCUGCCUUUUUAACGUCAACCACUCUUCAUGCCCCAAUGGGAACUGGUCUCAGCCUCCUCUGUGCCCAAAAUAUAAGGAACGAUCCUGUCUGGACAUUUAACAGAAACCAGUCACCACCUUCUUCCAAGGAAGCAUUAUGUCUUUCGUGGAAAAAGGAAGAACUAAACAAGCAACAGUAACGCAACCAAGCUAGGAGAGAAAUUUGAGAAUACACAAAACAAUCAUAGAAAAAUGUUUCUACUGGUUUAGAUCAAAUCCUGUAUGGGGAAACAGGCCAUUAAAGAAAUGACGAAAAAGCACUGUAAUGUUGUUUUUUUUUUUUUUUUUUUUUUACUUCAUUGAGUAAUCUUUGUACAGCGUGUAUUUCUUAGAACGUGACAAGGCAGUAGCAGAAAGUGCUUGCUUAUGAAUGUAUUUAGAUGGAGAAACUUAACCCUGUUAAAUGGACCAGUGUAUACCCUCAUAUUAUUCUUGUACUUGUUUACAUUGUUUACAUGUGUGAAGAUUUUUAUUCAUAAUGCUAAGUCUGUUAAUGUGACUCCAUAUGAAUGCUUGAAAAAAACAAUCCAUUGAAAUAGCAAAAAGCAAGCAGACUGAAAAUACUUUGCACAUAUUUAUAUUUCUGAGCAGUUUCAGUAAUUUAUAUUAAAGAGCACUAUUUUUCUAA